CGAUGACCUCCAAAUUGACUCAUGUCGAUUUCUACUCGGCAGAGUCCACUGGCUCAUUGUGUUUUUACUCAUAAUCAUGAACAAACCCCACAUUUCCACUCAUAUUUUGGAUACAAGUCUGGGUAAUCCAGUGCCAGACGUCUCCAUUAAGUUGUACAAGUAUUAUAAAACCACAUGGAGUUUCAUAAGCGAGAGCAAAACCCUGUCAAACGGACGCUGCGAGGAUCUCCUGCAGGUAGCAAACGAGACAUUGACAGCCGAUCGUUAUAAACUAGUCUUCGAAGUGAAGAAAUACUUCGACUCGACGAACACAAAUUCUCUUUACCCCGAGAUCGACGUUAUCAUAGAGAUAAAGAAUGCAGAUCAGAAUUAUCAUCUUCCAUUGUUAUUGAAUCCAUACGGUUACAGCACUUACAGAGGAUCUUAAACAUCAUCAGAAGGUGUAUGUGAAAAAAUUAAUUUUGUAAUUAAAGUGAUAUAAACAUUAUUGAAGAAAUAAAAUAUGUAAUAGAAAGAGCA